AUGACUUGGGCGAUUCUUGUCAUGCAGGCCAGAGAAUACCUGAAAUCAGAUCCAGUCCUGUGGAUCCCAUCUAAGAUCUGGUUCGAGCUUCUGAGGAGACGGGUACGGGAGAUUCAGAGGACCCAGAUAUCCAUCGUCAAAAAGAAUCCACCAAAUCUUGGCGUUCUCACUGGAGUGCUCAACCACAUGCUUCGCUCUACCACAUCAACUCCUAUCGUCUACGACUCUCAUGUCCGCGAAUCUCUUGCCCUCCUCGAGUACAGAAACAUCCUCGAAACCGCAGGAAUGUUUUUCUUGCAGGACUUCGAUAUCAAUAGCGACACCUGCCUGGAUGAGGUGCAGCAAAUUGAUGACGUGCAUGUACUGGCCCUCAUGGGCGUAAAUGCAAAGGCUCAAAGGGACCGGGCAGUGAGAAGAAUGGACGCAUGGCAAAGCACCGAGUCGGAACUGGAGGAUUAUCCUCUUGGUCGCACACCAACAUGGACUCGACUCAAGGCAGCCAUUGCCAACUCGCCUGCAAUGAUCAUGAGACCCUGGAUGUGGUCGCCCAGAUUAUCCGACACUCAACUCUCCGUCGGACGUUUGGUGGUCAUGUUCACCAGGCACAUGUGGUUGAUGCUCACGCCCGAAAUCUUCAAGGGCAUCAGACCCCAUCCAAACUCACUUCAGGAGGCCAUGAAGUGCUGGACGAUCACUAGCAUCGAUGACACUCUUGCUGCAGUCACAUUCGAAGCAUGCAAUGCCGGACUGCAUGACAGUAUGGGCAUCACUCCUGGUCGCAUGGGCCCGAAGUCGAGGCCCUUCCUGGACAGGUGCACUCUGUUCUUUCCCGACCCUGAUGCCGCCCAUAAGGACAAUACUCAGUGGUCUGGGCUGUGGGAGGGAGAUGGAUACAUCGCAGAAUUUCACAGGACGAUGAAGGCAAUGGAUGAGGAUCAGCAAGAGUUGCUGAAACAAGGAUUACGCGAGGUAUUUUCGGAUCUUCACUGUCUUCCUGCGAGCGGUGCAAGAGUGUGGAUGCAAAAGAACAAUGCCAUUGUGUUCAUGACUAAUCCCACAUUCUACAAGAUUGAUUGUAUUGGAAGGGGAGGCGAGAGUCAGAAGAGGGCCCCAAGAGCACGCCGCACGAUGAAGCUGAUCAAGGGUAAACGCAUAUUUGCAGCUGACCUCAUGGACUCUCAACCCUUUGACGCUGAUGGCAAUCUGCGGAGAAAGACAGAGAGACAGAAGCGGCGGGAAAUUCAGAAGAAAAUGACCAUGGCCAAGAAAAACAAGAGAGUCCCCCCUCCACCACGUUCACAGAGACCAUUUCCCAUGACCCCACUGGAAGAUAUUGCGGAAUGA